GUCAAUAUCCUGCACACAGACAGACUUCCCAAGAGGCCCAGAAAAGAUGUUUUGCAAAAGGUUUAAUUUCCUUUUAAUUAAGAUGCUCGUUGACCUCAUUUAAGAAGUGGCACCACUUGAACUUGCACUGCUGAAAUUCUGUUUUCAGACUGGCAUUUAAACAUGGAGCUGGACAAUGUUUCACCGCUGCAGCACUUUGUGGUGGCAAAGAGGACAAUCAGUGCUGUGUUUCACCAGCUGUUGGAGUUUGUUAGAGAGUGUUCAGAUUUUGUAGAAGAGACAUGGAAGAAUGAGGAUCUUGAGCAUGUAGCUGAGGAAAAACAGUGUCUGCAGAUCCAGGCCUGCUCUAGGAAACUAACCGUCAUCAAAGAUGUGCUAGCCCGCAGACAUAUGAAGGUGGCCUUUUUUGGCAGGACCAGUAAUGGAAAGAGUACAGUAAUUAAUGCCAUGCUAAGGGAACGGGUUCUGCCCAGUGGAAUCGGCCACACAACUAACUGUUUUCUGAGUGUGGAGGGCACAGACGGAGAACAUGCCUACCUUACCACUGACGACUCUGAAGAGAGGAAAAACAUUGAAACAGUCAAUCAGCUUGCUCACGCUCUGCAUAUGGACAGGAACCAAGAUUCAGGCUGUCUAGUCCGAGUGUUUUGGCCCAAAGCUAAGUGUGCACUGCUGAGAGAUGAUCUGGUCCUGAUGGACAGCCCAGGCACAGAUGUCACAUCAGAGUUGGACAGUUGGAUUGAUAAGUUUUGUUUAGAUGCUGAUGUGUUUGUGCUUGUGGCAAACUCUGAGUCUACCAUUAUGAACACAGAGAAGCACUUUUUCCACAAAGUGAAUGAGCGCAUAUCAAAGCCCAACAUUUUUAUCCUGAAUAAUCGUUGGGAUGCAUCUGUCUUAGAGCCAGAGUAUCUGGAAGAUGUGCGGAAGCAGCACAUGGACCGCUGUGUCAGUUUCUUAGUGGAGGAGCUGAAGGUAGUGGACCUUAACAAGGCACCUGACCGCAUCUUCUUUGUGUCUGCCAAGGAGGUGUUGAGUGCCAGGAUCCACCGCGCCCAGGGAAUGCCAGAGACUGGCGGUGCUUUGGCUGAAGGAUUCCAAGAGCGACUGAUGGAGUUCCAAAGUUUUGAAAGAACAUUUGAGGAAUUUAUAUCACAGUCUGCCGUGAAGACCAAGUUUGAGCAGCACACAAUCAGAGCCUGGCAGAUCACUGAGUCGGUUAAGGCUAUCAUGGAUGCCAUCAAUAUUUCUUCAGCAGAAAAGAAAGUGUUCUCACUAGAAGAGCGUGAAGCAUUAAUGGAUCGGCUGGAGUUUGUGCGAAAUCAGCUCAACUUCCUAACCGAGGACAUCAAAGACAAGAUAAAGGCCAUAACUGACAAAGUGGCUGACAAGGUGUCCAGUGCCAUGGCAGAAGAGAUUCGUUGCCUGUCUGUUCUUGUGGAUGAAUUCUGCUCUGAUUUUAGCCCUGCCCUAAAUGCCUUAGCCUUGUACAAAACUAAGCUCAUGGCCUAUGUAGAGGAGAGAAUGGUGAAGAAUUUGGACUUGAGCUGUUCCAGCAGUAUAAAUGGCUGUGUGCUGUCAUCUCAGAGAGACAUUAUGGACACACUACGUCCUCUGCUGCCCCCUGCUGCCCGAGGUCAACUACACCUCCCCAAUAGGAAGUUCAGUAUUACGUAUGACCUGAACUUUGCCAGCCUCUGUGAAGACUUUGUGGAGGACAUCAACUUUCAUUUCUCACUGGGUCUUACAUUCUUGGUGAACCGUUUCCUGGGGCCUGCUAAAGCAAAACAAGCUUUGAGCCUGUUGGAUCAAAAAUUACAACUCAGCUCUUCCUCUGCUCCUUUGGGAGCCCAGGAAGAGUUGGCUAUCUCCAUGGCAACAGGGUUGGUCUCUCUCACCUCCAGAGCAUCAGUGGGCAUGCUGGUCAUUGCUGGAGUGGUGUGGCGUUCUGCAGGAUGGAGGGUUAUUGUACUUUCUGUGAGUCUCUAUAGUUUGCUCUACCUGUAUGAAAGACUGACUUGGACCAACAGCGCUAAAGAGAGGGCCCUUAAGCAGCAGUUUGUGGACUACGCCACUCAAAGACUGCAGGCCAUUUCACACAUCAUCAGCAGCGACUGUGGACAGCAGGUGCAACAGGAGAUGGUGGCCGUCUUUGCCCGCAUGUGCCAACAGGUUGACAAGAGCGAGAUGGAGCUUGAAACGGAGAUCCGCACACUCAGCGCCAGGAUUCAGCGCCUGGAGUGUGUCCAGAGACACUCCAAAACCCUCAGGCAUAAAGCCACUGAUCUGGAGUCACAACUGGAGUCUUUUUCAGCACAAUAUCUGCAGAUUCAACAUUAACUAGAGCAAGAAGAAACCGUGGAUGAGUAAGACUGGCCUCCAGUGUUCAGUGCUGGAACAACCCACUGUCGAUGGAAUCUAAAAGAUUCCUUUCAGU